AGAGAGAAAAAAAAAAAAAAAAAACUAAAUCACGGAAGAGAUUGUGCUGUCCGACUAGUUUGCCAAGUUCCCUGCGCUCACAGAGGCGUAGAAAGGCGGAGAAGAGAGCAGAAACUCUUAAUUUGCGCACAUUUACGCACUUCGGUUGUCCUUCAUACGAGAGAGGAGCGAUGGAGUCUGCUAUUCAGACCAUAGUGCAGGUCUUCCUGAAGUCCACCAAGGGGAAGGAGAGUCUUGGACAGAAUCAGUUCCAGGGCCUCGUCAAGAGCCAGCUCUCCAACAUCCUUUCGGGCACAGACAGCAAGGAGGCGGUCAAAAACAUGGGCCAGGGGCUGGAUGCCAACAAAGACGGCAAGGUCGGUUUUGAGGAGUACCUGAAGCUUGUCGGCUACCUGGCGACCUCGCUCAGCGAGCAGCGCAACGUCGCCAAAGAAGAGCCUGCGCAAAAGGCCGCGUCCGGACAGGAGGCAAAAACUCCCACCUCUCCGGACAAAGAGGCGGAGAAGCCAAAGGCAAACGCAGAAGCUAAAGAGGAAGUAAAGCCAGGGGAAAGCUCAGAGGCAAAGGUGGAGGCAAAGCCAGAAGCCAAUGCUGAAGCAAAAGUAGCAGGCGUUGCCGAAAUAAAGGUGAAAGGAAAUGUAGGAGAAUCGGUGGAAAUAAAGUUAGACGGGGAGGCCGCAGCUAAAGAGGGGAAGAAAGCAAUGGCGGGAGGGGCAAUAUUAAAUGAUCUGUCAGAAACGCCAUUGCCAGUGUGUAGUAAAUCAGAGGGGGCGAUUGAUGCAGGGAAUUUGGUAUCUGUGGAGAAGGUGGCUGCAGCUGCCGAGGAAAAAGUGGAGGAGAAGAUAGAGGAGGCGACCUCAUAAUAAUCACACGACUCACUUGCAUUUAACACUACACAAAACGCAGCAUUAAUGCCCUAAUAAACUGGAAAGCCACUAAUGAUUUUUUUUUCUAAUUGACACAAAAUUGACAGAAAAUAUCCAUCAGUUGACACAUUACAAACCCAACUGUAUUCCUCAUGUAUGAUAAAUAACAAUCAUGUACAGCAUAUUCGUCCCACUAUAGAGCACAUUUACCUCAAUAAGAUCCUAUCCUAUAAUUGAGUGCACACUACAUACACUACAUGCAUGCCAUAUCCCAGUGAAAAAGUUAAAUGCUAAAUAUGAUUUUACCUGCAGCAGCCACACUGGUGACUCAAAUGUCUCUGCAGCCAAUAUAUUAAAUGUAAAUCCCAUCCUUUAUUCACUUUUAUCUUAGUCUGACAAUCUUCUACUUAGUAAACUCUUCUUGGUAGGACUUCAUGCUGGGCACUAAAGGCAUAUAAGAAUAGUUAAACUAUAAUAUAUAUAUAAUAUUAUAACUGGCUUUCUUCCCCGUACUCAGAUGGGACCAUUGACACCACUGUUACGUCCAUCCAUGCAGUAUGAAGCCACAGCCAUUAGUCAAAGCUGUAACAUUUAUAUUAGCGCCCGUGGAUUCUGUUAAGUUUGAACAGAGCCAGGUUAGUUUCUUGGUUUCAGGUCGGCUAAACCAAUUGGCUGCUGCAGCUUAACGUUUAGCAGACAGAUACAAGUGGUAUUUAUUAUCUCAUUUAAAUCUCAGCCAGAAACCCAAUAAUUCCCAAGAUUGUGGAACUAUUCCUAUACCAUUUACCAUUCUUAUCUUUUAAGUAAUCUUGUUAUUUGCCUGAUUUAGCAUGACAAUAAACUAAUGGUUUCCUAAAGAUUUGCAUUACUUCAACUGCAUUACUUCAACUUUCUACUUUAUAUCUCUUUCUUUAACUUCUGUUAUUCAGGUUGACUUUGCGUGGCUCCUCCAGUAUAUUCCCUGGAGUUGUAGUCAGCCAUGUUUAAAGAACUGGAAGAUAAGUGUGGCCCUAUAGGAUAAAUUAUUGAAGUUCAAAAUGAAAUAGACACCAAAGAACCCCUAUCCAAUGGGAGCCUAAAAUAGUCCUGUGGAAAUGGGCUGGUGACCGGAGGAGGUGUUUAAGCAACCAAAUGCACCUGGAUCAGAGCUGGUAGAAAUGAACAAGACAACAAGCAGCAAGAAAAAAAUAAGAAACGUUUACAUUUUACAUUACAAUUUUGCAUCUAAGUGUGUCUUCCAAACCACAAAGCAUUUCAUUGGUUAUUGAUCCCUAAAUGACUCCCGGUAGAACAGGAUUGGAGGCUUUACAAAAGAGUUUGACAAUGGUUCCUUGUGGUUUCCUGCUUGUUUUAACACUACUUGCUUAGGCUUCCGUAUUUGUUUGUGGGUUACACCCCCUUACGGUUUGACCUGCAACCGGAUCUGUGAGUCGCAGGUAUUGGGAAAGCCCUGGAUUAGACAUUUGAAGGGGUGACACCCUGGGACACAAACAAUUACAUGAAAAUGAUCUCAGCCUACAGGGAUCCAGGUUCUGAAAAAAAGAAACAAUACUGAGCCAUGUAUAUGAAUCUAUGUGGUGUGAUAUUUACCUACAGGCUACUACAUAAACUGUUAUGAAUUGUAUUUCCAUUGUACUGAAAUUAUUGUGGCCAAAUAUUUAAAUUCAACAUGGCCAUAUGUUUUUAACCUAACUCUUUCGUGUUUGGACCACUAUCGAGAUCACUUGAAGACGUACUGCUUUGUCACAUUAUAUGCAAUUUGUUAAUUACAAUUUAAUGAUUUGUAAGUUGUCUCCUCAUCAAUGAUGCAGCCAUGAGAAAAAGGUUCGCGUUGCAGGCCUUCUGUGUGAUAUCUACCUGGCCAACCGUGUCGUGCUCAAGACGCACACAUUUUGGGCACCUUACCAAAUGUGCAUUGUAACAGCACCUGGCACUACAAACUGCUCAAUAGCAAAAUGAGCAAAACAAAUAGACCCGUAAGUCAUGUGGUCACCUUGCCUCACUGCGACACUCCCAUUGUAAAUACUCAUUAACACUCACUCUGCUCAGCCUUUACACUCCCUGCAUGCUCUAUUCCUAAUAAACCUACUUGGGCUAUUUAGUCUAUAUUAUGAUUUUAAGCUGUAUUAUUUUUAUAUUGAAAACAUUUAUGGUACGUCCUGUGAAUUAUGGACACAUAUCACACACUUGGUUCGUAAUCUACAGCCGGCUUCCGGUAUUCCAACAUGUUCAUUGGCCUCAGGCUAUUCGCCAGACGUGUUCAGAUGCUUGAUGCUUUUAACCACUAAUCACGUGCAAAAUGAUGUCGGAUUAAAAGAAGAAAUUGGAGAUAACCCAACUGACUUUACUGGCAUUUUUUUGUUGUUUUUGUCUUCCACUAGCAACAGAUUUAAGUUUAACAUUAUCUGAACAUUCAUCUAUAUAGCAACUUUCUUUUUUUGAAUCAAUGUGGAACCGCAGAUGGACGGAGUGAAACAUGAGAGCUAAUUUCUCUUACUAACAAAGAGGUUGAAUGGUCCCAUAGUGUGAACACCAGCCGGCCUUAAGUCAAUGCCGCUUAGAAAACACGCUGCAACGGAACACGGCAGAUUUGUGGCAGGGAGUGUUUGCAGCCAGAUUUUCAUUGACAUCACGAUAAGUUCCAUUCAUUCUGUGACAGAGAAAGAUAAAAGCCUGAGUCAAUAGUCCUGCCAGUGGAUGUGACAGAUGUACACACGAGUAUAUGGACGCGCUUUGGGCCAAAAUAUCUGGGACAUACUAGAAGAUGUGUGUGUGUUUUACAGUUAGACUCAUUUCAGUCAGCUGUCAUUUCCAGUAAACUCCACUAAGCUGGUAUGUAAAACUUCAUACGCAAUGCUGUAUCAUUUUCCCUCAUUCUAUGUAACACCUUUAAAGCCUAAUAUUGAAUAAAGCUGUGACAAUAACAUUUA